UGUCCGAGGUUCUACUUCUCUCGUCUACCCCAAUCUCUUUACCACCCACUCAACCGCCAGAAGGAGCCAGAAAUCGAUAAUCAUGUCUAACGAACAGAAACUCAAUGUUUUGAUGUGUGGAACUGGUGAAUAUACCACGGGAUGGACGGGUUCAGGAGCAUCAAAGUCGGACAAGAAGAUCGGCGUUGUUGGAUUAACCUUGUUCGAUCUUCGGAGGCUGGGCAAAGUCGACAAGCUCGGCAUGGUCGGAGUCAAUGGAAAUAAAUUCCCUGCCAUUCGCCAACAUCUCAACGAGAACAUUGGCCAGGUAUAUAAGGACAUGGAUACUACGUUUGACGCCUUCCCCGAGGAGACUAAAGUUGAUCCCGAAGCGUACAAGGCUGCUAUCGAUGGCCUCAAGCCAGGAGAUGCGGUCAUUAUCUUCACUCCUGACACUACUCACUACCCCAUCGCAAAAUACGCCAUUGAACGCAACAUCCACGUCCUCGUUACAAAACCUGCUGUCCAGCUCCUUUCCCACCACCUCGAGCUCGUCCAGCUCGCGAAAAAGCACAAGGUCGUGUGUAUGGUCGAGCACCACAAGCGCUUUGAUCCAGUAUACAGUGAUGCUCGUGCGCGCGCGGCCUCGCUUGGAGAAUUCAACUUCUUCAACGCCUGGAUGAGCCAGCCGAAGAGCCAGCUCGAGACUUUCCGUGCAUGGGCUGGUAAAGACUCUGACAUCAGUUACUACCUGUCCUCCCACCACAUAGAUAUUUGCUGUUGGAUUCUGCAGGGCAGGGCGGUCCCCACCCGUGUCGUAGCGAGCGCCGCGACUGGAAUUGCUACCAGUGAACCAUACAAUUGCGUACCUCAAACAGAAGACACCAUCACUCUCCUUGUUGACUGGCAAUCACUCAGUAGCUCCAAGCACAAGGGUACCGCGGUAUACACCGCAUCGUGGACGGCACCCCUCAAGUCAGGUGUUCACUCUGCGCAGCACUGGUACUACAUGGGAGAGAAGGGAGACAUCAAUGUGGACCAAGCCCAUCGUGGGUACGAUGUCACGGUGGACGACUCUGGGAAAUCCUGGUCCAACCCCUUCUACAUGAAGUAUUCGCCCUCCGAGAGUGGCCACUUCGAUGGUCAGCGCGGCUAUGGCUACGUCUCUAUCGAGAAGUUCAUCGAUGCUGCGCGGAGCGUCAACGCAGGCACGGUCGCUUUCGAGGACUUCGACAAGCACGGCCUGCCGACGAUUGCGAACACGGUACUCACGACUGCCAUUCUGAACGCGGGACGGAUAAGCUUGGAUGAGAAGCGGGCCGUGGGCAUCAAGCAGAAUGGAGACGAGUGGGUCCUUGAGUAGACGCUUCCGAGUAUGGUCUGCCCUUGUCUCGAGGGGGGAUACGGAGAUGGGAUGGGAUUUAAGGUUGUAGACCGCGAGAGCCAUAUAGGCAGGUGAGACGUGCUCGCGAGCAGUAGACAUGGAUUCGAAUGUGAUUGUAUCGAGUUGUAUUUGUUACCCGCCGAUUGGAACUUAUGAAAGCGAGAAGCUUGAC